CGCGUGGAGGAGAGGAAAUGACAUUAUUCGCCGGGGACAUAUGCCCUGAAGCCGCCCCGAAGUCCGCUGACCGGCCAGCCAAGUUCCCCGAAACUCCACUGCCAUGCCACUAGAAACUGCCCCUCAAGACCCUACGCUCGGCAAACUCGUGUGGCUUGUUUCUUCUGCGUCAGCCUUAAUUGCUUCCAUCCACUUCUUCCGCCACUCUACCACUCACAACCUCACAACAUACACAUCGUACUCUUCAUCCCCCUGGUUCUGUACCUGCAUCACACUUGAUCACAAAAUAACAGCCAUCGUUUACUCGUAUAGGCAUAGUCGACUUCGUCAGCCACCGAAGCCACAAAUCAGCAGCGGUUCGCGGGAACAAUAAAUGACCCUUUCGGGAUAUCCAAACUAUAUUCCUGCAUCAGAAUCUUAUCAUUCUAAGCAAUUCAUCGCCCUAUGGCCACAAAAAUAUUGCCGUCCAUAGUCAACUCCUCCCAUCGUCGGCCUUUAUCCGGACGCGGGUAUGCUAUCACGUAACCAUGAUGAUGGGGUGCCCCCAAGAUGCCGAGAGCUUUCUCGAAUCCCAGUUAUGGGGGCUUUAAGCUCAACCUUAAUUCCUCUUGGUUGGUGUCAGUAUAUUGGCGUUUUCAGCUUCAAAAUUUCUGGCGAGAAUUCUGUCAAGAGUACAUGAUCUAAACUCUUCCUUCUGUUUGCAUAUAGAUAGUAGAUGGUGACCGACGGCAGGGCUGAGAUUUGGUUUCAGUGUGGAAAUAUCCUGCCCCUAUUCAGUCGUUGAUUAGUGGCAGUAGCUGGUACUAGUCCCUUCCAGCACACCGGAGAGUAUCUAGAAAUCUUACUCUUGGGAGUGUCACAUCGCGGCCGACAAUUGCAACUGGUGGACCUUUUCCCUCACUUGGAUCCCACCCACUCGGUCACAAGCCAACCUUUAGAAGAUAAACCAGAUGGCGCACCCUGACAGUCAAGAGGCUGCACUUCGAGCGCCCCAGGUAUGCUCUCACUGUAAGAGUAUCAAGAAGGGAUGCGACAAGAGACUGCCAAGGUGCAGCCAAUGCCUCAAGCGUCGAGCCGUCUGUAGAUAUGCAGACGCAGAAGAACCACGACGAUCUGAAAGUGAAGCCACUGCCUUGAGAACCGCAUCUCCACUUGGAAUCAACCAACGACUUACUUCGACAUGGACUUCCAUACCUCGAUCUCUUCGAUCGAGAUUGUGUCCUUGUCUCCGACUAUCUCUGCUGCUGAUAAAUUCUCUAUCGGACGUCUUGCCCCCGAGUACUCUCGAUCCCAGGGCCACUCCAGAGUUCACAACGACCGACAGCGUGAUUGCUUCACAAGUCUCUCAGCUUAUCCGUGUAGAGGGAAAGCAUUUGGAAGAAAUACUGCUCAACUACUUCGAAAGUAUACACCUCUGGCUACCAAUCAUAUCAAGAAAACGAUUUCAUGAUCGAUUCACGGAUUUCCAAACAUCACCAUCAGCAGACUUGGCUAUCCUCUUGCUCGCCAUGCGCUUGAUCACCCAACAUCCAUCAACGGACGCAGAGCUAGACCAAGAUCGUGAGGUGCUAUACCUUGUAACCAAGACGCUCUUCGCACAAGUCCAAGCAUUCAUGCCCUCUUCUCUUUAUCUUGUCCAAACAGGUGUCAUACUGUCCCACUAUGAACACGCCCACGGAAUGAUCGAGGCUGCGUAUAUCACCAUUGGUACGACAGCGCGCAUUGCUUAUGCAGUGGGCCUGCAUAACAAAGCUUGUUCGGCGGAAUUGGAAGGUAGUGAUGCGUGGCUCGACGAUGAAGAGGCGCUCAGUACUUGGUGGGGCCUCGUAAUUUGUGACAGAACGAUCUCUUGCGAUCCCAAGAUGAUCGGGCGCCCACUGGCCACAAGUCCUAUUCGAGAGAAUGAUUACCUCCCUUUGGAGCCAGAGGAAUUGGACAGACGAAGUACUUUCUCCCAGCCGACGUUUCGAUACUUUGUAUCUGCAACGCACCUCCCUAGUGUUGGGUCGUUCGGCCGAGAGGCUCAAGCAACAUAUCUGUAUGACAAGGUUAGGUUUUCUAUCGAAACUGGCGAGUCGGUUGUCGCAAAAUUAUAUCAUUUGGGAAGAGAACUCCAAGGACUUCUCGCAGUUGUCAUGGAACAGCUCGAUGGGAGGUCGGGUAUAUACAGUGGUGCAACUCAGAUGCUUAUCACGGGAUUGUACAUGCUCCAUCAGACAGCCCACGGGCAAAUGCCAGACUCCAACACUCCCGCGAACUACAAACACACCAUCGAGGCAGCACUAAGUACCUUAACGAGAAUGGUCAUCGAUAUCUCAUACGCUUUCAACCGAGAAUCUCAAUCCUUCAAUGUUGAUCUCCUGGCACCAGGUGUUGCGCACAUUGUCAGGUGUGCUCAACACCACAUUUUAACUGCCAAGGAUUUCCAUAAUCAGAGAUGGUUGGAGGAUUUCGAACAACUGAGACGAAUGCUGAGCUAUUUUAACCAGAGAUGGGCUGUGGCUGGCAUGGAGCUUCAGAGGCUGAACCAGACAGUGGAAAUAUCGAUGUUGACACGUAUAUGACAGAAUGAGAAAUGUUACAAGGCUUUGUAGCACAACAAUCUUUCUAGAUCCAUGGCAAGAAGAAUGGACCAGAGGAAAUCGCGAUACAAAGUAGUUCCGUCACAGGAACUUCCUCACUACAGCGAAAUACUGGGCCAAGCCACGAGGAGGAUGGAGUGAAACUCAAAGGACAGUCUUUCGCUAUGCCCACGACCAAGAGAGAUAAGGAUACGAGUGCCGAAGUAGAGGAAGGCAUUCUCAUUAAGAUGGAGAAUUGGGCAGUGUAACCUGUUUCGAAAUGACAUGUUGGACCCCAAGUCGAUACAGAACAGACCAACCAUAGAGUGCGCCGCCGUAGAAAAUAGUUCUCCGGAAGAUUAUACACUUAAUAGAAUCAAAGAUAUGGAAAGGA